AUGCAGACCAGGGUGGGAUUGCUUAUGGUUCUUCACCUCAUCACCUGCUCUCACUGCUCCCCACUCUACCCAACACUCAGGUACAAUCCACUGCCUGUUUCAGGAAAGGAGAUGAGCUUUCAGCUUUUCCGAGGCAGCAGCCCAGCACAGAGCCAUAAUCUCUCCAUGGAAGAACAGGAGGAGGGCAUCCUGAGGGACCCUGCAGAGAAAAGGACACAACGCCACGCGGAUGCCAUCUUUACCAACAGCUACAGGAAAGUCUUGGGCCAGAUUUCAGCUCGGAAAUUCUUACAGGCUAUUAUGGGCAAGCGACUGGGGAACAGGCAGGGCAAUCGAGGGGAAGAGGAUCAUGAGGCCCUAUCUAGACGUCAACUAGACAGCAUCUUGAUGGACAGCUGCUACCACAAACAGAUGGUGCUACAGGACUUCUUGGCAGCCAUGUUACAGAAACAAAGGUAG